CUGUAUAAGAAGGUGGAUGACUCCAGUCACAUCCUCCACAUUGUGUUAAGAUUCACAAAGUUGUCUCAGCCUCCAGCCCAGUAGGAUCUACUAGAAAUCAUGGACUUCAAUGGAACAUGGCAGGUGUACGCCCAGGAGAACUACGAGGCCUUCCUCAGGGCCUUGGAUCUCUCAGAAGAUGUUAUCAAGAUGGCCAAGGACAUCAAGCCAGUCACUGAGAUCAAACAAACUGGUAAUGACUUUGUUGUCACCUCCAAGACCCCUGGGAAGUCUGUGACCAACUCCUUUACCAUCGGCAAGGAGGCUGAUAUCAACACCAUGGACGGCAGGAAGCUCAAGUGCACUGUCAAGAUUGAAGGAAGCAAAAUGGUCUGCAACAUGGGCAAGUCCUUGCACAUCUCUGAGCUCCAAGGAGGAGAGUUGAUUGAGACUCUGACCAUGGGCUCAACAACUCUCAUCAGGAAGAGCAAAAAGAUGUAAACCUUGCAGUGAAGAAACACAUGUCUAUUUAAAUAAAAUUGUUGCUUAAUAAU